GUUCAUCCACCGCAUCCUCACCGCGUCGCGCUCGGAUCAAGAGGGAUGGCACCGCCGCUCACGCUGCAGCCUGUGACGCUCGAGAACACGCUGGGGGCGGUCUUCCUCGGCCUCGUCGUCUCGUGCAUCCUGUUCGGCGUCAGCUCGCUGCAGAUGUACUUCUACUACCACCACUACCCGCACGACACGCUCCUUCACAAAUCCUCCAUUGCGGCUCUGUGGGUCCUCGACGCGCUGCACCUCAGCCUGACGGUC